AUGGAUGUCUCCGCGUGCAACCAGUUGAAGUCAAUUGUUUCGAAUGCGUUGUUUUCCGAAAACCGGUUGAGGCUGAAAACUGCGCUGAACAGAGCUGGAUUCGAGAAGAAUGUGUUCGUGUUUGUGGAGGGCGGCCACGAAAAGCAUCGUUAUAACACCGAUAUGAUUGAAGGUGAUGCACUUGUUUUCCGACAGGAGUCGUACUUCUUCUGGUGCUUUGGUGUUGUUGAACCAGGUUUCUAUGGUGCGAUCGAUCUCGCAUCUGGCAAAAGCUACUUAUUCAUGCCACAGCUACCCGAAAGCUGUGCUGUAUGGUACGGAAAAAUAUUUGACCGGCAGCAUUUCAAGGAGAAGUACGAAGUCGACGCUGUGUUUCAUGACACUGAUAUAGUGGAGGAGCUGAAAACGCUGAAGGCCAAGAAAAUUCUUUUACUGGUAAUUUAUUCGAUUUUUUGA